AUGCCGCGUGCUGUGUGCCCGACACCAUAUGCGCUUGGCUCCGUGUGUGGCCGUGGCGAACGAGAGCUUCCUGGAUGGAGGAGCUGCAAGGACAGCAAUGAAAUUCUGGGCACUUGCUCUGAAAUCAUCACCUCCACUGCUCGGUACAUUUUUGAUGUAGUGAAAAGUCGCGACCUGAACCGCAAAAGCCCGCUGAAGAUCUUGUCAGCUGCAGAUGGCUGUGCGGAUGAUACAAUCCAGGAAGCUCAGGCCCGUUACGUGCCAACAAGUGUCAUGCUGGCUCAUGCGUUUGCAGCUUCCACUGGCGGGUGGUCAGACUACAGGACGAAGAUUCGAGUGUAUGGCGGAGACGUGCGGAAUGCCAUUAUGCCGUUCUGGCAGCCCCAAGCCCUUCCAUGGCAGCUUCCAAUGUUCCUGGAGCAUCGCUUCAUUGCAUUGGACAACACGAAGGACUUUGCCCCGCAGCUGUACAAUGGUCAGUGCGAGGCUGGCCAGCUCUUUGAUGUCGUCUUACUUCGGCAGGGUCUUUGCUUUUGUGAUGAUCCCUCGAAAAUGGCCAGUUCAUGGCCGAUAGAGGUGACCCUCUCCUGCAAGUCGUGCAUGAGCUGCCGUGCUGUACUUCCCCCUGAGUCACUACCACAGCAGGAUCCGGCAACUGUCAGAAGAACUGCAAUUUGUGGGGUCUACCGACUUGAGCCGUUUCUGUGCGAGAAUCGGCCUGCAUAUCGUCUUGGGCGAUGUGUGCUCCGAUGGUGUCCAGACAGACUGGAGUGGGCUGUCUUGGAUGAUGCGGACGGUGGAGCUUGGGCUUUUGCGCGCGGAGACCUUGGGCAUCCAAUCCUGUCGAGAGGACCAUGGACAGUUUGGGAUGGACAAAACCAUAUCUCGGAUGCCAGCUUUGCCUGCAAUUUGGUUCAAGAAGCUUCUUCACCGCCGUCCGGGGCUUUGGACACUGACUGCAGCGACCAAGUUAGCAACAUGACGAACUGCAAGGAGGGUUCAGACUGA